CUUUCCUUUCCCUAGAAACCCCCAAAUCCCCCAAAGCCCCCAACCAUGGAUUCCACCGCCGACAGCAAGGGCAAGCGUCCUCUCUUCCAGCCCGAUGACGUGUCUGCUGCCGCAUCGGUGCCGGAUGGGGCGGAGGCGGAGCCCUCGUCUUCUUCGGAGGAGGUGAAGGAGACGGAGCCGGGGGCACAGAAGCAGCAGGAGGAGAAGCCCGCCCUGGUUCUGGUGGCGGAGGAUGGCGUGGAGGUGCGCAUCUCGGAGCCCGCGGCGCGGAUGUCGCAGAUGCUCCGCCACAUGAUGGAGGACGGCUGCGCCGACGGCCGCAUCCCGACCGCCAACAUCCACUCCGACAUCCUCGAGAUGGUCGUUGAGUACUGCGAGAAGCACGGGCCCUACUACGACCCCGAGGCCUCUGAGCGCGACCGGUACCCCUUCCCGCCCUUCCCAGUCGAGCUCACCCCUACCGUCUCCUCCAUCAAGCCCGUCACCUACGUCGACCCGGACCCCCACGGUCUCAAGGACUGGGACAGCGAUUUCAUCUCCCUCGACAACUCCACCCUCUUCGAGAUCAUCCUGGCCGCAAACUACCUGAACAUUGAGGAUCUGCUGGACCUGGGCACCUCGGCUGUGGCUGACAAGAUGAGGGGGAGAAAGCCAGAGGAGAUCCGUGAAAUCUUUGAGAUUGAGAACGACUACACACCAGAGCAGGAGGCUGAAGUCAGGAAGGAGAAUGCAUGGGCCUUCGAGGACUAAAAUAUGACAGUUGAUCUUGCUUUUGUUUAUGCUGCUAUUCUUGGUUUCAAGUACAAGUCCUUACCUUCAGUUCUGUUCCAAGUAGUCUGAUAGAUAGAUAGAUGGAUGAGUUGGUGAAAACAGAAACCCGAGAAGCACCGUAUGGGUUAGUUAAUCAUCGUAUACAGCAAAGUUUUGGUGUGAAUUGUGGAUGCGGUGGAUGGAUGGUUUCGAAAUGGUUGAAUUGGCACAACCUUAAUUGCAACCUUUGUUCAGUUAAGUUAUUCUAUUCGCCAAUUGCACAUUGUUUGCAGUUAAGUUGUUGGUGGAUCAUAUCUUGGAUAACCUGUUUGGUUACAUUUUAUUGUCGGUAUUGCUAUGUUUGGCCUUA